AUGGAUAUCAUCGCCCACAAUGCUGCCAUCAGCAACAGUGCUAAGCAGCUGCGUUGGCAGCUGGCGCUGCAGCACUGGGAUGAAAUCUCUCGAAGGCGAUUGGAAGGGAAUGAUAUCACCCGAACGUCGCUGUUCAACGCCUUGCGGGGCCGCUGGGCGCCCGCUCUCUCGCUGCUGUCGAACAAGGGCCCGGCGAACAUCAUCACUGUGGGCGCUGCGCUCCAUGCCAUCCGCCGCUGGCCAUGGACAAUGCAGCUGCUGCAGCGACUGCCGGAGCAAAGCUUGCAGCUCAACGCAGUGGUGUCCAGUAGCUCCAUGGGUGCCCUUGGUGACGCGCUGCAAUGGCUUUACGCCCUGCAACUCUUGGUGGAACUGGAGUCGAGGUCGCAAGCCAACUUGGUGUCCUACAAUGCGGCCAGCCAUGCCAUCCUCGCGAUGGCAUGGACCAGUGCCCUGGAGGUCUUGGAGGCCGCCACGGGCGCCGCCCUGCAACUGAGCGCGGUGUCCUAUGGAACCCUGCUCCGUGCAGAGGGAUGGCCGCAGGCGAUACAGACCUUGCAGCAGAUGGAAGAAAGGAUGCCAUGGAGCCUGGCAUCUUUGGGCAGCGCUGUGGCCGCCAGCACCUGGCCCCUGAGUGUGGCCUUGGUGUCUCAAUGGAAGGAGCAGGGACAGCAGCCCAACCUCCAAAUUCAGAGCGCCUGCAUCACAGGGUCUCCUUGGCACAUCUCUGAGCAUCUCUUUUGGGCCCUGCGAUCUCCAGAUGUGGUCGCCUAUGGUGCUGCCAUGACGUCCAGCAACUGGCCUGCCAGCCUGGUUCUUCUCUGCAACGCGCAGGAAGCACGUUUUGUUCCCUCGGUCCCUCUGUGUGUAGCAUCCAUCAGUGCCUGCGAAAGGUCUGCUGCUUGGCAACCAGCCAUGUCUUUGCUCCAGCGAGCUGUGCUGGAGGUGGCAGCACACAACACCGUGAUCAGCGCGUGUGCAAAGGCCUCACAAUGGCAGAAUGCCUUGCAGAUUUUGUCCACCAUCCACGAGGCCAAGCUUGAGAUCAACUCCGUCUCCAUGAAUGCCUCCAUCAGCGCCUGCGAGAUGCUUGUGAUGAAAUUUCGUGGGAAGGCAGCCCAGUGGCAACACGCCUUGCAGUUGUACCUCUCGCUACCUGCGAUGUUUUUGGAGGCAGACUGCGUUGCAUGCAAUGCGCUUAUCAGUGCCUUUGAGAAAUCCGCGCUCUGGGCCAUGGCGCUACACUUCUUGCACGACUUCCUACAACAACGGCAGCAGAUGGACGUGGUGGCCUUCAAUGCAGCCAUCAGUGCAGCAGAGAAAUCUGGACAUUGGCAAAGUGCUAUAUGCAUCCUGUCCGACAUGCAUGGCUAUACCGUGCAGGCGGAUCGCAUCAGCUUCAACGCUCUCAUCUCUGCCUGUGAAAAGUCGGCCAUGUGGGCCAUCGCUUUGCAACUCCUGGAAGAUUUCCAGUUGAUGGGAGGACGUUGUGAUGAGUUCACCUGCAGCGCUGCCAUCAGCGCCUGUGAGAAAGGCUUUCAAUGGCCUUUGGCACUGGAUCUCCUUUGGCAGAUGGAGAAGUUGGCCCUUCAGAUGGAUGCCAUUGCCUACAACGCGGCCAUCAGUGCCUGUGAGAAGGGCUUCCAAUGGAGGAAGGCCCUGCAUCUACUGAGCCUCAUGAAGCAGCGAGGUAGCAUCAUCACCUAUGCAGCUCUGAUCACAGCCUGUGGGAAAUGUGAAGAAUGGCGACAGGUCCAGGCCUUGUUGGAUGAGCUGCAGAGCUGUCAGAUGGAAGCGAAUUCGAUCACCUGCAACGCCGUGAUCAGCGCCUACCGCAAGGCGGAAGAGUGGCAGCUGGCCCUGGCUUUCUUUCAGAAUCUGCAAGAGACCUUUGCACCCGUGGACGUCCUCACCUACGCCGCCGCCGCGGACGCCUGUGCCUUGGGCCGCCGCAUGGCGCCCUUGACGGAGCUGCUGGAAGUGCUGCCGCGAAGGGCGUUGAGCAAUCUGCAGAAUCUGCGAAAAG